CUGACUGGCAGGCGGAGGGCUGUCUCCCGCGCCCGCCUGCCCGGCGCGGUCCGAGGAUGCGGGGGGGCGAUGCCCGGGGCCAGGGACGCGCUCUGUCACCAGGCGCUGCAGCUGCUGGCCGAGCUCUGUGCCCGCGGGGCCCUGGAGCACGACAGCUGCCAAGAUUUCAUCUACCACCUGCGGGACCGAGCCAGACCCAGGCUCCGAGACCCAGAUAUCUCUGUGAGCCUGCUAACCCUUGUGGUCACUGCCUGUGGUCUUGCCCUCUUUGGUGUGUCUCUCUUCGUGUCUUGGAAACUCUGCUGGGUUCCGUGGCGAGAACGAGGCCUGUUCUCUGGUAGCAAAGACAACAACCAAGACCCUCUUAACUACACGGACACAGAGAUCAAUGAGCAGGAGAACAGUGAGGACUUCCUAGACCCACCCACACCUUGCCCUGACUCCUCCAUGAAGAUCAGUCACACUUCCCCUGACAUUCCUCUGUCCAACCAGCCAGGGGUCCAGGAGAACUGUGCCCAUGGCGUCCGUGUGCAGCGGCAAGUCACAGAGCCAACACCGUCAGCUCGGCAUAAUUCAAUCCGAAGACAACUCAACCUGUCAAACCCGGACUUCAAUAUCCAACAGCUUCAGAAGCAGGAGCAGCUGACUGGGAUUGGUAGAAUUAAACCCGAGUUGUACAAGCAGAGGUCACUGGACAGUGACGACGGGAGAAGGGGUAACAGCAAAGCCUGUGGGAAACUGAACUUCAUUUUAAAAUACGACUGCGACUUGGAGCAGCUCAUCGUGAAGAUCCACAAAGCUGUCAAUUUGCCGGCCAAGGACUUCUCUGGGACCUCAGAUCCUUACGUCAAGAUCUACUUGCUUCCUGAUCGGAAAACAAAGCACCAGACUAAAGUGCACAGGAAGACCCUGAACCCUGUGUUUGAUGAGGUGUUUUUAUUUCCGGUUCCCUACAAUGACCUCGAAGCUCGGAAGCUUCACUUCUCUGUGUAUGACUUUGACAGGUUCUCUCGUCAUGACUUGAUCGGUCAAGUGGUGGUGGACCACUUCUUAGACUUGGCUGAUUUCCCCAGGGAGUGCAUCCUUUGGAAGGACAUCGAGUAUGUCACCAAUGACAACGUGGAUCUGGGCGAGCUUAUGUUUUCCCUCUGUUAUCUUCCAACGGCUGGCAGGCUGACCAUUACCAUUAUAAAAGCAAGGAAUUUAAAGGCAAUGGACAUAACAGGAGCAUCAGAUCCCUAUGUGAAAGUCUCACUGAUGUGUGAUGGCCGGAGACUGAAGAAGAGGAAAACAUCCACAAAGAGGAACACGCUUAAUCCCGUUUACAAUGAAGCCAUGGUCUUUGAUGUCCCUCCUGAGAGCAUCGACCAGAUCCACUUGUCCAUAGCUGUCAUGGACUAUGACCGUGUAGGUCACAAUGAGGUAAUCGGCGUGUGUCAAGUAGGCAACGAGGCAGAGCGGCUGGGCAGAGACCACUGGAGUGAGAUGCUGUCAUAUCCAAGGAAGCCCAUUGCACAUUGGCACUCUCUAGUGGAGAAACGGUGACUAUGGAGGAGAGGAUUGCCUGUGCCAAGGACACAGCUGGACCACCGUUUAACAAAGAUCUUCAGUAACUUCUCCCAUCUCGCAACACCCGGAUGACUCCAGUGACGAAAUACUCAGCUGUAACCACAGCAAUAACUGGUCUUCUUUCCAAAUUGGGUUUGGUGAAUCUGAAUGGUUCACCCACCUUCAUCAGGUGGCCCUGGUGAAGUGUUGUGGGGGGAGCUCAUCUCUCACCGUCAAGAACCAAGACUGGACUAUGGAAGAAAGCAAGAGCAUAGAGAGAGCCCUAAGAGUACCAGGACCCAGUGCUUAACAUAAGGCCCUUCGUUAUAGAGACAGAGUACCUGGCAGUGCUCAGUCUGGCAUGAUGUUAUUUGCUUGAAUGCCCUGGAAGGACUGAACAUUUAAAAAUAUAUCCAGGUGCUAAAUAGGCAGCAGAUUUCAAUCCAAACUCUAAUAAUUGUGAGCAAAUGACUGUCUUCAGAGAAUCAUUUCACCCCAGCUCCAGCCCUCCAAGGAAGAGCCCCAAGUGAGUAAUAGGACAAGCAGAUCAUUCCCCUGGAGGGAGGCUCGUGUAAGGCAAGUUAGUUCAUAGCAAUUCACUGCCCCUCCCACAUACAUGGCAGAGCCCCACUUGACCAUGGCCCUCUUUUCUGCUAAAGCCAGACUCAGAUUCUAGAACAUCAUUUCCAGGUAGCCAGCAGCCAACUUCCUUUCAACUGGUGGCAUUGCUAGAAUGAACUUGGUCAUCCUCAUUAGAGAGGCAUACCUCUCACAGAAUGUGCAUUCUAGAAUAUUCUCUCCCCAGGCACAUUUGCCCACUAAGGCAACAGGCUCAGAAGGGCAGCAUUGUGUGACAUGAGAUCACUGAGAGAUGAAGGCACAGCUUUGGGGCCUUAUGGCUGAGUGCCUCUAUGGUAUCUCCAUAUGCAACAGCCCAGGUAGAGAUUCCUUCUCACUCCAGAUAUAAAGCACUUGCUUAGCCCUUGGGGAAUGGAAAUACCUAUGAGUGUGAAGGUCGAAGGCUCUCCCCGGUAGCUCAUUCAUCGCCCGGAGUCCUUUCAGAACAAUCUACUGCCAGUUCCACGCCUCAUCCUAGUUGCCUCUGCCAACACAGAAAUGAAACCAAAGGCCUCAGCAUACCCUGGGCCAACCAGGAGCUGAUACCUGGAGGUCCUCUCUCCCUCUCUCAUUUCGGAUGCAAAGCGCCGCCUCCACACAUCUGUACCAUGGCUCCUAUUUGCAUUUCUUUUCUCACAGCCUCUUUGUAACAGAAUCCAGGGUUGGGUUGUAGUUGACCUUCCUGGAAGCUGCAUUAUCCUUGGUUCAAUUAACCUUUCAUUGUAGGUUGCACUGGGUAGAAGCAGCAUCUCAGUGUUGUCAGAAAGUUCUGUUGCCACACAGGCCUAGUGCCAGAAACCCUACUGCUGGUGUCUAGUCAUAAAAGAGUGAAGGCCUUUAGUUAAAUAAGGCAGUGUUAUUUCACUCAAGCUUAGUGCCUGCCUAAACCACUCCCAUCUCUUACUGGCUUUCCCUUGCAGGGAUUCGAAGGGAAUCUCAGUUCUGCCCAUGUCUGAUAACAUGAGAAAAACACAACUUCUUUGCCCAGCAUCCUCCUCUACUUGUGCCUCCCCGUUCAGACACCCUCUACCAUACCAGUGUUUAGAACCAAAGCAUGAAGGGUGAGUGCCAGCAGGAUAGCGAGUAGAAAUAUUAUCACUAGGUCCAGGCAGAUGAGCCCAGAAGAAUGGUCCCAAAGAAACCAGACUGAUUACAGCAAAAGAUUAUCAGGCAGCCAUUUCAUUAAGCUUUGACAUGUCCUUGGCAAGGGAGUCUGGUUGAAGAUCCUGAAGUAGCCUGUUGUUCCCACCUCAGGAUCUUCCUACCUAAAGCUAGCAGCUCUGGGGUACGAAUAUGUAAGCUACUGGCUCAAAGAUGGCUUUGCACGGGCAAUCAGGCAAAGAAGACUUCCUACAUGGUGAGCAGGUGGCUUUGUGGUAGCAAGCUCUGCCUAGCCAGUACAGCUGUGGCCAGAGGCUGACUAUAAAUUUAAAUUCCCUCAGCCCAUUUGCAACUCUGCCUCUCUUCUCUUGUGUUCUGUUUGGUUGCCCUUUA